GUCCUAUAUCGCCCCGACCGCACCGCCACAUGCGCCACAUUUCGUGGCUGCUCAAGGCUCACGCGCCCAUGCGCGCAGUCAUCUUACCCGCAUCUCAGCUUCUAAGCAUUCCAACGCCUAAUUUAGAAACUAGGCAAUCGUCAAUAACCCCUUUUGGUCACUCAUAACGUAUUCUGGUGCCUGGAAAGAGCGGUCGGUAUGCAUGACGUGUAGGUUUGUUGCUUUAAUUGAGCGGUUACACGAGACGCGGAUUGCUUCACAUCUCCGGUACAUAUCUCGCGACAUUUGAUCUAUCGGGUUUCCAUCGAGGUUAGCAAUAUCUGCUGCCUGUUCUUUGGUCCUUCCGACCCACUCUACCGUUCUUCCGUCUGGUUUCAAUCUAUUUCAGGCUUCCAUGGCCUCAGCCCGCUCCUCUUCGUCUCCCUUCCUGGCCCUCCCAUCCUCCAUCCGUCAACGCAUAUACGCACACCUCCUCGCCCCCCACCCCGACGACGACGUAACAACCAUCAACUACACCCUCGAAUGGCCAUGGCUCGAACACCCCAGCAAUACCACCUUCGCCGGCAUCCAGCAAAUCGACCUCUGCCGCUGUCCCCGCGAACACCACCCGCGCACUCACAACGUGCGCACGGAAGACCACAUCUACGUGCGCUACAAAUGCGUCGGCCCCGAAGUGCGGUUCAAGAGCAGUAGAGAGGACCUGUGGGUUCUCUCGCCGGCGUCGUAUGCGAAUCCGGGCCCGAUUAAUUUCUUGCGUCCGGCGAGUCAAGAGGAGUUGGGACGACGGCCGCAUGCGAGUGUGCUGGCGACGUGUAAGAUGGUGUAUCGGGAAGCGGUGCCGCUGCUGUAUCGAGGGCGCAACUUCCUGUUUCUUAGUGGUCCUUGUCCACGCGGAAGGUACCAGGCGUAUGCCACGCAGGCGUUCUUUUCUCGACUCUCGCACUUCGCUCGCGAGCACGUUACUAUGUUCUCGCUCAUUGCGCAGCCGCAUGAAGAAGAUUGUAGUGCGAAGGACGUCGUGUUGGCUUAUGCGAACCUUGCCAACUUCGCUCAGCACUACUUACCGUCUUUUGAGACGCUCUGUCUGAAUCUGUGGGAUGAGAGAUUGGGCGAGGCAGCAAGGAUGUUUGGAAUUUUGUUGAGGGAGGGGGUUGUGAGUGUCUGCGUGGCGCGGGAUCCGGUGCAAGGGGAUGUGGAGGAGUGUGAGGACUUGGAAGGGUUCUUGGAAAGUCUGGGAUUUGGAACAGAUGUUGAAGGGACGGAAGAAGAGUUGGUUAUGAGGGGUGAAGAAGUUGUUGAAAUGGGAGAAGGAACGAGUAUCACAACAAGCUGGACUGGCACUGUUCACAGCAGACAUGCGGGACCGGUGUGGGAAGAAGUGCAGGAAGGUGACGACGCAGGGGAGUGGGAAGAUGAAGAAGAUGAGGAUAUGCCACAGAAGCCGGAAGUGCGAACAGAAGUGCACCUGCGGAAGGUGUCAAAGGUGCAGAGGGUGCUUUCCAAGUCGCGGAAGAAGCCAAACUUAAGGGAGGAGUGUGACACUCAAGUGGAAGCCGAGGAGGAAGAGGAGGGUUGGGUGGACGCGAUGUUGAGCCCUACCACGCCAAUGACUGCACGGAGUCGGGACACUGAAGGCUGGGAAGUUGUUUGAUGGCAAAGUUGGCACGGUGGAUAAAAUGUGGUCUUUUCU